AUGAAGACGGCCUUCCACAUCAACAGCCUUCACCCAAAACUAGAUACAACCAUGGCCUCCAACGCCUCCAAACUCAUCCCCUCGGACCCGGAAAAAGUCACCAUCACCCGCAACCUCGCGCCCACCAUCAAAAUCUUCUCCGCCCCCUUUCUCCGCGUCGGCCGCAUAAAAGUCGGUGGCCGCGGCACCAUCGUCCAGCUCGCCUCAGGGAAUCUCGCAGUCUUCAGCCCCGUCGCCCUGACAGAUGCCGUGAAAUCAGAAGUCGCAUCCUUCGGCAACGGCCAGAUCAAAUACAUCACCGCUCUGGACAAGGAACACCACAUCUUCCUUGAACCAUGGCAUAAAGCAUUCCCGGACGCUGUGGUGAUAGGGCCGGAGCCGUUGCUUGAGAGUAGGGCGAAGCAGGGGUAUUCGAAUUUCACCAAGGAUGUGUGGAGGGUCUUUCCUAUCAAUGCUGAGGGCAAGGCAGCGUUUACGAUUAGCGAGGAGUUCGAUCGGGAGUUCGAGUACGAGUACGUCUCUGCCCAUGCGAAUCAUGAACUGGUGUUCCACCACAAACCCACGCGGACGCUCAUCGAGGCCGAUCUCAUGUUCAACUUGCCGGCCACGGAACAGUUCAGCCGUACUGGUGUGAGCGCCACCUCGGGUAUCUUGACGAGGAUUGUGAAUGCGAUUAAUACCACGCACGGUUCCGCGAUAUGGCAGAAGCGGUUGUUGUGGUAUGCGCUUAGUGCCAGUGAUAGGACGGGGUUCAACCGGAGUAUGGGCAAGAUCGCCGGGUGGGAUUUCGACAGGAUUGUGCCGUGUCACGGGGAUGUAAUUGAGAAGGGUGGGAAGUGGGUGUUUGAGAAGGUGUUUUCGUGGCAUCUGGAGGCGCUGAAGAAGGGGAAGUAG